AUGGUCUCUGUCCUUAUGCUCGCGGCUGUGUCGGAGGCCAUCUUCCCUCUACCGUUUCUCCCGUUCCUCCCAGGAUUCAACAGCUUCAGAGACAAUAGUGCUGUGAAUGCUGCUAAACCGGUCGCUGCGGCGGCGGGUGGAAAAGCCGCAGGAAGAAGGAGAGGCGUUGUUCCAGAAGCUCAGACAAACUGGCCUGGUAGGUGGGAGUUGUUCUUGCAAAGCUCGGGUGUGUCAGCGAUGCAUGCGAUUCUGAUGCCACUCAUCAACCAAGUCCAAUUCUACGACGCUACCAUCUGGAGAAUCUCAAAGAUUAAGCUGCCUGCAAACAUACCAUGCCACGUCGUCAACGCCAAGACUAACAAGAUCGAUUGUUGGGCUCAUUCGGUUCAAGUCGAUGUCAACACCGGUGCCCUUAGGCCACUAUCUCUUUCUACUGACACAUGGUGCUCAUCGGGAGGUCUGACCGUCAACGGGACAUUAGUGAGCACGGGAGGAUACGGAGGAGGAGCCAACACCGCGAGGUACCUAGCGGCUUGUGAUAACUGCGGUUGGGUUGAAUACCCUCAAGCUCUAGCUGCCAAGAGAUGGUACUCAACGCAAGCCACUCUCCCUGACGGAAAAUUCUUCGUCAUCGGAGGAAGAGACGCCUUGAACUACGAGUACAUCCCAGAGGAGGGACAGAACAACAGGAAACUCUACGACUCGUUGCUCCUCAGGCAAACAGACGACCCGGAAGAGAACAACCUCUACCCUUUCGUGUGGCUCAACACCGACGGUAACCUCUUCAUCUUCGCAAACAACCGAUCCAUCCUCCUAAGCCCCAAAACAAACCAAGUCAUCAAGGAGUUCCCUCAGCUCCCCGGUGGUACACGUAACUACCCAGGAUCAGGCUCCUCUGCGCUCCUCCCCAUCCAUCUCUACGUCAAAAACCCUAAAGUCAUCCCUGCCGAGGUACUCGUCUGCGGUGGAACCAAACAAGACGCGUACUACCGCGCCGGUAAAAAAGUGUUCGAACCGGCGUUGCAGGACUGCGCCAGGAUAAGAAUCAACAGCGCUAAGCCACGAUGGAAGAAAGAGAUGAUGCCGACGCCACGUGUCAUGAGUGACACUGUCAUCCUCCCUAGCGGAGACAUACUUUUGGUCAACGGAGGUAAACGUGGAUGUUCCGGAUGGGGAUACGGCAAAGACCCUGCUUUCUCUCCCAUCUUGUACAAGCCCCGGGCUCCUCGCGGCAAGCGUUUCAGAGAGCUCGCUGCCUCCACCAUCCCGCGUAUGUACCACUCCAUCGCCAUCGCUCUCCCUGAUGGUAAGGUUCUUGUCGGCGGCAGCAACACCAACGACGGUUACAAGUACAACGUUGAGUUCCCCACGGAGCUUCGCGUCGAGAAAUUCUCACCGCCUUACCUCGACCCGGCUCUAGCCAACUUGAGGCCGAAGAUCGUCAACAACGCGACACCGAAACAGAUCAGGUACGGACAAAACUUCAACGUGAGGGUCAACCUUAACCAGAAGGACGUGACCAAGGAGAAUCUCAAGGUUCACAUGUUGGCCCCAUCGUUUACAACACACAGUAUCUCGAUGAACAUGAGGCUGCUCCUCUUGGGUAUCGCUGGUGUGAAACCUGCAGGUGCCGGGUCUUUCGAAAUCCAGGCGGUCGCACCGCCCAGUGGAAACAUCGCACCACCUGGUUACUAUCUUCUCUAUGCCGUCUACAAAGGUGUUCCCAGCAUUGUUUCAUCAAUCAUCAGGCUUUGUAUCAAAAGCUCAAAUUUCAUUGAGAUUGCCAUCGCUGCUAAAACAAGAACUGAAUCAAAAUUUUCUCAGGCAAAAAUAGAUAUCGCAAGAAACGGAGUAACGCUUAUACAGAGAUUCCAAUUACAGCAGAUCAAGAUCCCGAACGCGGCGGUUGCGGCGAAGGUCGUGGCGUUGGUGACCGGAACCGCUAUAGAGAUCGGGGCAUGGCUGAGGAGGGCGAAGAAUGUGGCGGAGGCCGAGAGGUUUAUCAGGAAAGGAACGGAGUAUUGCCAGAAGAGGAGGAGAUUGAUCCAGUCGAGAAGAGCUUUCAGGAUUUUCCGGCGGAGAGGAGGAGACCCUGUUGCCAAAGACGAAGACUUUUUAUCCCAGGCGAGGGCGCCACGGCGGAUCAGGGCAUUGGUGGCUCCCCACACGAGCCCUACCGCCACCAUCUUCUCCAUGUCUUCCUUCAUUCUAAUUCCCGCCGGCGAAAGGCAAAGAGAGAAAAUUUCUGAUGCUGUAAAAAUCUUUUUGCUUCAAAUUCCACCAGGAAACAAUGUUAUAGAAGUUACAAUACAAUACAAUGUUAGCUUCAAAAUGCCAAAUAACCAAAAUACGAUUCACACUGAAUCACACUUCCCUCUUAUAAAAAAAGCAACAGGAAGCAAAUUAGUCAAACAAGCAACAAACAUGAUCAAGCAGUGUCUCUCACUUGGACUUCUCAUGUUCUCUAACUUUGCUAGAUAUGAUAGUUUCUUCGGUAGAGCUCUUGGAGACUUCAUCAUGGGCUUCUCCUGCUCAGUUUUGUGGAAGAACUCUAUAUCACCCAUCGAACUAUGCUUCUUUGUAUCUGAUGACAAUCUCCACCCUAUGAAGUCUGAUAGUUUCCUCGAGUUUGGCGUCUCCGCUGCAACCACCUUCUCCGUUUCUUCAUAUUCUGAUUCCGCCUCGCUCUCUGAUCUUCCCUCUGCCUCUCCCAUCAGUUGUCUUUGA